AUGGAAGACCCGAGAUCGAGAAAAACAGGAGGGAUCGCUGCUCAAGAGACUGGCCCUGGCCCUGGGUGCUACAGCUUGCCUCCGACAGUUGGAUUUGUCAACCAUGACUACACCCGCUUCACCAGUCCUGCCCACUCCUUCCAUCAGAGGCUUAACAACAGCAUACAUCGGAAAGAUUCAAGCCCUGGACCCCGUUACUAUGUAGAACCUGAGGUCACUCGCUUUGGGAGAGCCAGGGGCCCCUCGUAUUCGAUGCUGGGUCGACACAAACCUCCAGGGGGUCUGCCACGGACCCCCGGGCCAGGCGCAUAUAGCCCCGAAAGGUUCCCACCACCAUCCCAACACAGACCGCCAUCUUUCUCUAUGGGUGCCCGCACGAAGUACCGCCCGGUGGAUCACAUCCCUGCCCCCAGCAGCUACACCCUUCCCACACUCCUGGGCCCACGAAUCCCUAGCAAGCCCUCCAGCCCCUGUUUCACGAUCUCCGGCCGGAUCAACAGAAACAGCUACUGUGAAGACCUGUCCAAAACGCCAGGCCCGGGAGGCUACAGCACCACUGACCCCAAUGUUUAUUUGUGCCGUCAGCCGGCAUUCUCCAUGCUGGGGAGGCUCCGGAAGCCCACAAGUACCUUCCCCACACCAGGGCCCGGAACACACAGUCCCGAAAAGGUAACCGUGCACUGGAAAAGAUCCCCUUCUUACUCCCUGGGAGUUCGCCACUCAGAAUACCUCAUGCCCCUCAUCAUAGAUACUGCAGAGUGGUAA